AUGCCUUCUUCUACCGUUCAGAACCCUCCCGUCCAGACCGAGUCCAAGUCUGCCAUGAAGAAGAAGGCCAAGGCUGUGCGCGUCGAGUGUCCUGCCCCCUCCGCCUCGCCUGCCCCCGAGAAGCCUGCCUCCCAAGAUGGCCAGGAUGACAACUCCGAAAGCCCCUACGUUCGCGAUUUGGCAAAGAACAUCCGCAACGUGAACAAGAAGAUCGUCAGUCAUACCUCCCCUCCCCUCCCCUUCGUAAAACUUUGGACUUCGCGGCUAACCAAUCACCUGCAGGCCAACGCUUCCAAGACCGACUCCAUUGUCGAAGAGCACAAGGGCAAAUCGCUUGACGAGCUCGUCGACGCCAAAAUCAUCAAUGUCGACCAGCGGACUCAACGACUCAAGAAGCCCCAACUCGAGGCCCAGCUUGCCCAGUACGAGGAGCAGCUAGCUCAAUACAAGAAAGUGGACGAUGAAUACCGCAACCGCGCCGCCGCCGACAAGGCUGCCCUCGAGAAGUCUUUGACAGAGAAGCUGGAGAAGGAGAAGGAAGAGGCCAUUAGCGAGGUCAAGGAGAAGGCUGCAGCGGACCUGAAAAAGACCCAGCAUGACAGCCUGCUGAUCCUGUCUCAAUUCCUUCGCCUAGCUGCUGCUCGACGAACCGAAGACGCCGAUGCCGGUCUGGACGAGAACUUGGCUCUGGAAGGAGUUCUGCUGCAUGUCUAUUCCGGAGACGAGGAUGCUGUCUCGACCAUGAUGAAGCUCAUUGACGGAUCGGACGAAAAGGCGCGAAGCGUCGGCGAUGAUGAGCUUGAGACUACUUUCGCCCAGGUGAAAGCCGCCUCAAUCGCCCACAUCAACGCCACUGAAGCAGCUUCCGAGGCCACCGAGGCACCCGAACCCGAUGCGACUUCUGAUGCUGUGGAAACGGACCCGACUGUCGCUCAUGCCGGAUUGACCGAGAUCGAUGCUACUGGUGCCACUCCUACCGCGACGAACGGCCACAACGAGUCAACAGCCCAGUCUGGUGCUCCUGCGAAUGCCGAUGUUAGCGAUGGCGCCGCCAAUGCUGCUGCUGAGUCCCAGUGGGACACUAACAAUGACCUGAGUGCCUCGAUAACUCAAGAGGAUUGGGUUGAGGUUCCUCGUGACCCCGCCGAAACCGAUACAGGCUUGACAGCGACCCCCGCCGCUGCUAGCAAUACUCAGUCUUGGGCGGAUGACCAGCCCGAUAGUACCCCUGAGCCGCAGCAGUCUUCCGCCCCCACCGAAGCGAACGAUGGAUUCCAGUCGGUCCAGCGCAAAGGACCUCGCGGUCAUGACCGAGAAGGUAGUGGAAAUUUUAGAGGACGAGGUUUCCACCGUGGUGGUAGUCGAGGUGGAUUUGGUGAGGGUCGGGGUGGACGUGGACGCGGUCGUGGCCAGGGUGGUCGAGGCCGCGGCGGCCCUGGCGGCUUUGGCGGCCCGAAGAAGGAACCAGCAGCAAACCAGUCGUAA